CGUGGCAGCGCGGGCGAGGUAGUGAGGCCCUGGGAAGGUUGGUGGCGGUCUCUGGCGAUCAAUUCUGUGUUCCUUUUCACCUUCAAUGAGCUGUGUUCCACUUCUGAAGAUUUCUACAGACCCAUACACACAUCCACGUAACCCCCGCAAGUGUCCCGGCAGCCAUGUACGGCUUUGUGAACUACGCCAUAGAACAACUGGUGGUGCGGAACUUCGGGGACGACACAUGGGAGGAGAUCAAGCGUGAGGCGGAGGUACACAUGGACGGCUCUUUCCUCGUUAGACUCACGUACGAAGAUGAAAUCACAUACAACAUUGUGGGAGCAGCCGAGAGAGUGCUGGGUGUUCCCGGCACGGCUAUCCUGGAGAUGUUCGGUAAAAUGUUCUUCAAGUUCUGCCAGGAAUCCGGUUAUGACACCAUCCUGCAGGUCCUCGGUGCCACUGUCGGGGAUUUCCUGCAGAACCUGGACGCCCUACACGACCACCUGGCCCUUAUCUACCCAGGGAUGAAAGCGCCUAGUUUCCGGUGCUCCAAGAGAGAGGAAGACGGCGCUCUCAUCCUUCACUACUACUCCGACCGCCCAGGGCUUGAGUACAUCGUUAUUGGCAUCGUCAAGGCCGUGUCGGAGCAGCUUCACGAUACAGAGGUAGAGGUGGAGAUCUUGAAGACUAAAGAGGAGGAAGGACACGUGCAGUUCCUCAUUACCGAGAAAGACACACAGACGACUCACAACAUCAGCGAAUCCAACUACGUGCUGGACAUGGACACUGAGAGCAAGAUCAGCCCCAGGACCUUCUGCCAAGUAUGUCCCUUCCACCUCAUGUUCGACCGAGACCUGCAAGUGCACCAGGCUGGGGACUCCAUUUCCCGCGUGCUCCCUUCCGUCAGCUACCCCGGCGCCUCCCUGGAGAAGCUUGUCCAAAUCGUGCGUCCCCACAUGGACCUCACCUUUGAGAACAUCCUGUCCCACAUUAACACCAUCUACGUUCUUUGCGCCUAUGAGGGUCUCACCACCGCCAACCGCGAUGAGUCCAGCCCCGAACAACGCUGUCUCAGGUUGAAGGGCCAGAUGAUCUACCUUCCUGAGACUGACUUGAUGCUGUUUGUGUGCUCGCCCUCCGUCCUCAACCUAGACGACCUGUACCGCCGCGGCCUCUACCUCUCGGACAUCCCACUGCACGACGCCACCAGGGACCUCGUGCUCCUUAGCGAGAAGUUCGAGGCAGAGUACGCGCUCACCACCAAUCUCGAGAUCCUGACCGACAAACUGCAGCAAACCCACCGGGAACUGAAGAGCGAGAGACAGAAAACGGAUAAGCUGCUCUACUCAGUCCUGCCCAUCAGUAUUGCCAAUGAACUGCGACACAAGAGACCCGUGCCGCCGAGGAGAUAUGAGGUGGUAACACUACUCUUCUCGGGUAUCGUUGGCUUCACCGACUACUGCUCCAGACACACAGACAUCGCCGGAGCCUCCAAGAUUGUACAGAUGCUGAACGACCUCUACACCGCCUUUGACGUGCUGACGGACGAAGUCAAGAACCCCAAUGUUUACAAGGUGGAGACGGUGGGGGACAAAUACAUGGCGGUAAGCGGACUGCCGGAGACUUGCGACCACCACGCCAAGUGCAUCGGUAACCUCGCCCUGGAUAUGAUGGACAAGGCAGCGGGUGUCAUUGUGGACGGCCAGCGAGUGCAAAUUACCAUCGGCAUCCACACUGGCGAGGUGGUGACGGGCGUGAUAGGACAGAGGAUGCCGCGCUACUGUCUCUUUGGCAACACUGUCAACAUCACCUCGAGGACGGAGACUACGGGAGAGAAGGGACGAGUCAACGUAUCUGAGGUGUCCUACAGGUACCUACAGCAACCAGAGAACCAAGAUGAUGGGUUCACCUUCACCUACCGCGGCCCCGUGCCCAUGAAAGGGAGGAAGGAGCCCAUGCAGGUGUGGUUCCUCAGCAGACGGAAAGCAGCAUGAAGGCACUGAAAGCAAGCUGCUGACCAGGAUGGAGGAACAAAGACGAGGACAAAAACUGAUGCUUCGCUCGUAAAAACAUUCCAACCAAAAAUUUAGGUUUUUAAUGAAUGUUAUUGAUAUUAUUGCUAUCAUUAUCAUUAUUAAAAGAACUUUUUUUUUUGUUUUUUUGCUGUCUAUAUUUUUCUAUGUAGCAACUUUCCACAAUUUCUUUUAGCGUGUUCUCAUCACCACUGUUUUAUACAUGGUCAUUCAAAUCAUGUUAGUUUUACCUGAGUUUACAUCAUUCGCCAUUAACCUUGCGUAAAAAACGAAAAAAAAAAAAAUAUGUAUUAGUAUGACACGUCUAUAGACAUGUCUAUUUGUGUGGGAGAGACACUGUAAUACCAUAUGAAUUGGAUAUUUACUUUUACAAUGUAGCCAUUUGUGACUUCAUUUGUGAUUCAUUGUACAAACGGGAUUAAAUGUUUGCGUAGGUCAUUGAUCAUCGUGUUCCCCCUGUGUUGAAAAGAUGCUAUUAACGUUUUGUGUUGAGGCGUUUUGUUCUCAUAUGUAUGUGUGUGUGUGUGUGUGUGUGUGUGUGUGU